AUGGCGACCACGACUCCAGCCCCAGGCGAGACCAGCUUGAAAUCCCUCCUAUCGACACUCGUCACGAGUCUCGACCCCGAGACCUUCGUCUUCAUUACCGUUCCACCUAAGCAUGAAUAUCCAUCAACUCUACUCACCCAUAUGCUCUUCAAAGAAGCCGAAGGGCUGACCAUGAUAACAACAAAAGCAUCCGCUGAAGCCCAUGGCCUGGAUUACAUCUUUCCAUGUGGCAUGGUCACCUUGGACGUGCACUCAAGUCUUGAGGCCGUUGGAUUUAUGGCUGCGAUAACGAGGAAAUUGACUGAAAGGGGAAUUGGAUGCAAUCCUGUUAGCGGAUAUUUUCACGACCACUUGUUCGUGCCGGUCGGACGGGAGGAAGAAACUUUGGAAGUGCUAAGUGAGAUGGCUGCUGCCGCCAAAGCGGAUGUAUAG